AACUUUUUUUGUACAAUCUCACUUUCGGGAAAAAAGGCGAUGUCAAUCACAGCUUCUUCACAACUCCAUACCCUCUUCACAAUGCCCGGCCGCGUUAAACUCACCUCUGAAGCGAGCGUAGACGAUCAGCCAGCUCCUGCGAAACGAAAAUUGCCGACGGUUCGAUAUGCAGCGGCGAAGAGGACGAAAUCUGGAGAAGAGAGAGAAGCAGCCAGCCAGCCUCGCAGCUACACUAGCUCGGGCACCAGCUCUGGCGGUGAUGCGUCUCCACAAAUACUCGACGACGAUGAUGGCUCUUUGAUCACGCCGCCUUCGUCUCAGCCUGUUGCUACGACCAAACCGAAGAAGAAGCAGGUUACGAAACCCAGACCGAAAAAGUACGUCUGUACCCAUGAAGGUUGCGAUAAGUCCUUCGCCCGGCCCUGCCGCCUCGAUGAACACCUCCGCUCCCACUCCGGCGAUCGUCCUUUCAAGUGUACCUUCGACCCGGAACAAUGUGACAAGUCGUUCCUCCGGGACUCGCAUCUCAAAGCUCAUAUCAAGGCCAUGCACAUCAAGACGAAGCCAUAUAGAUGUACCUUUCUGAUACCGCCAGGGAGGGAGGACGAUAGAGGCGAGUUUGGGUUCAAGAGGAAGGCUUCUGAACCUGCUGAAGGUCCUAACGGCAUGAGGGAAUGUGGUGCUAGCUUUUCUACCAACCAGCAUCUGAAACGUCAUGUGGAUAGUCACCUUAAGACGUUUCCAUAUAUUUGCAAAGACCAUCCCCCUUGUGCUGCCGGGUUCCGCAAGAAGGGUGUCCUGACCCGCCAUAUUCGCUCCGAACACUUGGGACUGAAGCCAUGGGCCUGCCCUCACAAAAGCAUCGACGAUGCUAACAAACCGUGCUCGGCGGCCUUCGACACGAAAGGAAAACUCGGAAACCAUGUAGCAACCCAGCACAACGGCCUCGCCAGACGCCGGUAUAUAUGCACCAUCUGCAUUACCACCCCCGAAGCACCACUGGUUGAGCAGCCCACCACAUCCGUUCCAACGAACACCCUACCCCAUGCCGUCGACCUCGACCGAGAGGUCACCGAUCAAAGCGCCGAGGACGCAUCUCUCCUCCUCAACCUUUCGCAAGCCAGCUUCCCGGUAAUCCAAGCCCCGAUCCUACAACAACCAGCACCCGAGGCCCUGCGUACUGAGGGCAUGCUCGGCUUUGCCACGCACGCCGAGCUCCGCAGCCACAUCACUCUUGCGCACCCACCAGUGUGCAAACGCUGCGGCUAUAUCGCCAAGCGACAAGGCGACCUAUACCUUCACAUCCGCGACAAACACGAGACGACCGUCGAGGAACGCCAAUCGUGGGUGUGCGGGUGGGACAACUGCGGCCAAGGUUUUACCAAGAAGAGCAAUCUGACAAUCCACACCCGUACCGUCCACAAAGGCCUCAAGCCCUUUCCCUGCACCGAGCCUGGCUGUGAUAAACGCUUCGGACACAAGGCCGUCCUCGCGCGCCACAUUACGUCUCGUCAUUCCGAAAACACCACCCAGAAAUCCACCCGCAAAUCCAGGAAGAAGAAAACUAGAGCGCUCAAUAUCGCGCAGCUACUUACCGGCUGGGGAUACGAAGCCUCCGGACGCGAUAUUGAGUGCGUUGUCGAGGGCUGCGAGUAUAGAUUCUGUAGAAUGUAUGAUCUCAAGAAACAUCUGUGUGCUACUUCUGGCCACGGCUUUGAUGAAACCCAGGUGGCAACCCUCAUGAAGUUUGAUUCCUCUACGGAGAAGGUACAGGUUUACGGCGAGGAGAGUGAGAGCAGCGAGGACAUUAGUGAUAGUGAGUGGAGUGUUGCGGGGAGUGAGACAGAGAGUGAAGAGGAGUUUUGUUUUGAUGAUGAUGAUUGAUUUGUGGUUCAUAUGGGCUUCAUGUUCUGGUUCGAAAAAGUUUGUGGAGUUUCUUUUGAUCUUUCUGAUGCUUUUGAGCGAGCGAGCGGUCAUUCUUUGGGAGUAAUGGGCCGAUCGGUUUGGGAGACAAUUACGAUGGAAUCGAUUGUACAAGAUGUACUUGUUUUUGUUUCAUUCUUAUUUCGCAUACAGCGUAUCUAGACUAUCGAUACGAUGAAUGGUUUUCUAAGUACCAG